AUAAGCAACGGGUAGAAAUUUAUGAAGAUUGGGAAAGGGGAGAACAGACAUCCCUCUGCUCUUGUGUUCAUAGAAUUUCGGAAUAUGUUCUUCAGCAUUUGAUAAUUAUCAACGAUAAAAAGCCGGCUCGAUUUUUUUAUGUAUUGUUCAUCUAAUCUCAUUGCAUUUGCUCGACAAAUGUUUUAGUUUGGAAACGCGAUUGAAAAUUUUGCGGCAUUGGAAAGGUGUUCUGUUGACGACGAUCGGUGUUGCUUGAAGACGCUCACGCUCCGGCGGAGAAGCGGUGGUUAGAAACUAUCUAAACAGGAAUACAAGAUACUUUUUUAACCUAAUUUUGGUCGAGUUAAAUCCAUGGGCCUGCUUCUUCAAUCAAUCAUAAAUCUAACGAUUGCGAUGCAAUCUAUGGGCGACUUGUCAUAUUUAAUUUAUAUUUGAGAAGAUUUUCCUAUGAUUUGUCAGAAAAAUCCAGAAACAAACCCUACCAAUGAUUUAGGAUGGAAACCAAUCAACCGCCAAAAGACAGAGACACCAUUGUUGACAUCGUGAGCAGUGAAAGUGAAAGUGAAUGCGAAGGUAACAAAAGAUCAAAAACUGUGGUUCGAUCUGCUGCUGGUAGAACAGCUUUAACUGUUGAAGCAUCAGAGGAAGGUGAAUGCAGCAGUAAUUCCUACAGAAACUCAGUGAAAUCAAGCGAUGAUGACUACGAAGAUCUGGAAUCAUUAACAUACCACAAAUUUGUAAAGAAUGGUGAACAUAAUACACCUCUUUUAGAAAAGACAAGUCUGAAAGAAAAGCGCAAGAUUCCACAUACAAAAAAGGCUCCAAAACCACCUAGACCACGUAAAGGUCCAUCUUUAGACACAGCUGAUUUACAACUGGUUAAAGAGAUUGCUGAACAGACAAUGAAAAGGCGUGCAAGAGUUGAAAGAUUGAAAGCAUUGAAGAAGAGAAGAGCAGCUAAAUCAUCGUCACCAUCAUCACCAUCAUCAUCAUCAUCAUCAUCAUCAUCAAACAGCAGCCUCUUUGCUAUGGCCAUAACUGUUCUCUUUUUCCUUGUCAUAAUUUUCCAAGGUUUUGGUUCAGGUCAAAGUUCAAGUUUGAGUUUUGAUGAUUCUCCAAAGUCAUCAGGGGGAGCACCAUCAAGUGGUUUGAUCUCCAUUGAGAUUGGGAAUAACUUCAAUGAUGUUCAACAAAUUGCAAACCCUCCAAAGAAACAUGUGACACGUAAGAUAUAUGGCACUGGUUCCAGUUUUGUGGAACAAAAGUCUGUUUCUGAGUCUAGGACUUUGGUUGAAUGAGGAAGUUAAAACAUAAAGCAUGUGGCUGCAUAGGUGGAUAAUCGUUUUUUGGCUUCUUAGGCUAAAAUUGUUUUUACACAUGUAGUUGCUAGUUUUUUUUACUGUGCAUAGUAAUUUUAGACUUGAUUUUCAUUUCUAGAAUGCCAUCUUUGUUGUUAUUUAUUGAAACAUCAACAUUUUUCUAACAAGUAACCGUUGUUUCUGUUC